UUGUCUAUGAUCGUUAGUUGACGAAAUCAAAAUGGCGUCUUUCACGGGAUAGUACAUUAUUUUAUCCGCCGCACACUGGAUAGUAAUAGAAAAUAUUGUGGAUUAACUUUUUGUUUGUGCUAAAACUAUUUUGUGAACGGAUAUUCAGUGUUUUUGUGAUAAUUUAUUUACACCGUACCAUCUGGAAUUACAAUUCAUCAUUCCAAAGUUUCCGCAAGAAAUAGCAGAGGCGCGGCGUCAAGAUGAAUAAAGACGGUUGAGACGCCCGCGCGUCGGCUCACGGCGCGCACACCGACGAUGUCUUUCUUUAAUAAUCUUAAAAAGGUGCUGCACCUAGGCGGCGGAAAUGACGCGAAGAAGAAGAAAGUGUUCAGCAACAUCCGGGACAACUGCGACCCGGCCGAGAACUGGGAUAUGGUCGGCGAGCUCGGGGACGGCGCUUUUGGGAAGGUGUACAAAGCCCAACAUAAGACGACCGGUCAGCUGGCCGCUGCUAAGAUGUGCGUUCUGGACAAUGAGGACGAUCUCGCUGACUUCACUGUUGAGAUCGACAUCCUCACCGAGGUGCGGCAUCCAAAUGUCGUCGAACUGCACGAGGCCUACUUCAUUGAUAAUAAGCUCUGGAUGCUGCUGGAGUACUGCGACGGCGGCGCGCUGGACUCGGUGAUGGCGGAGCUGGAGAAGGGGCUGACGGAGGCGCAGAUCGCGUUCGUGUGCCGCGAGAUGUGCCGCGGCCUGGAGUUCCUGCACGCGCGCCGCGUCAUCCACCGCGACCUCAAGGCGGGCAACGUGCUGGCCACCAUGCUGGGCGGCGUCAAGCUCGCCGACUUCGGCGUGUCCGCUAAGAACAAAUCGACGCUACAGAAGCACGACACUUUUAUCGGCACGCCGUACUGGAUGGCGCCAGAAGUCGUGCUCUGCGAGACAUUCAGGGAUAACCCCUACGAUUUUAAGGUUGACAUCUGGUCCCUUGGCAUCACGCUAAUAGAAUUCGCUCAGAUGGAGCCGCCCAACCACGAGAUGACACCAAUGAGAGUUCUUCUCAAGAUUCAGAAGAGCGACCCUCCCAGCUUGGACCAGCCGUCUCUGUGGAGUAAGGCCUUCAACGAUUUCAUUGCGAAGGCCCUCGUUAAAGAUCCCGAAAAGCGACCGACGGCGACGGAGUUGCUGAAACACGAGUUCGUCAGCGGAGCGUUGGACUCCAAGGCGCUGCGGGACCUGCUGCUGGAGUACCGCGCAGAGGUCGUGGAGGAGGAGCUGCUCGACGACGACUCGGAGGAGCACCGCAGCUCCCAGAUGCAGGUGGACAUGGAAGAUGACUCCACCUCAGUCAGGUCGGGCGACACGCCGGACAUCAAGAUGGCGGAGGCCGAGCCGGCGCCGGGCGCGACGGCGGCCAGCGCCGCGGGCCGCGCGCCGCCCUCCCCACGCGCCGCCUCGCCCGCGCCCGCCCCCGCCCCCGCGCCCGCCCUCGAGCGAGCCCUCGCCGCGCCCGCAAAGCGUGCGCUGCCGGACGACGCGCCGCCCGCUGACAGGAGGCCGCCGGCACCAAAGAAAGAGAAAGGUCCCGCGCCGCCUCCCCCGGGCGCGGCGUCCUCGCCCUCGCCCCCGCCGCCCCCGGGCCCGCCCUCCCCCGCUGCGCCCUCGGCACGCGCCGCCCGCAAGCAGCCCGCGCCGCCGCCCCCCGCUGCCGGACACAUCGUGGAACAGGUAUGCCGCGAAGCGGAAAAGGUAGUAGAAGAGAAAUCAGACAAAACAGAAAGGAAAGAAUUUAAUGAUAAGGACGUGAAACCAAAGCCCGACCAUAGAUUAGCCUCCGACCACGUGGACAACGUCACUACCGUCAAUGGAACGACUGAACCUAAAAUGAAUGAAGACGUCAAAGCAAGCCCAAAAGCAAACAAGGCGACAGAAGUCAAGACCAACAAAGUUAUAGAAAUAAAACGAACUAGUCUUGAGAUAAACGAAAUUACAACGGAAGUUAACAGAUCGAGUCUCGCGAUCAAUAAAGUGGAGACCGAUUCGAAGAAAAACGAUAGGGUGGUUAACAAAACGCAAAUUAAUAGGACGAAUGUCGAACAGAAGAGUGUCACGACGACGCCCGAAAAAAGUACACAAAAUAAGUCUAAAGUCGAAGUGAGGAAAAGCGCGGAUGAUGUCAGACUCAACGAAGAUGCAAAAGUGAAAGAAAAUAGAAGAAGCGCUGACAUCAGCAGAUUUAACACUGAAAUCAGCAGAUCUAGCGUCGAGAUCAAUAAUCAGGAAACCAAACCGGAGAUACGAUCGAUAGCUGAGAUAAUUAGAAACGAUAAGAAGGAACGUUCAAGGUCUAGUUCCACCGAUGAAAUAGGCGAUGGAAAGCGAGUCAGUGCAGAAGUUAGCCGUAUCGAGUCGAGAUCGCGGUCAGUGGAUGACAAGGACCGCUGCAGCGUCGAGGUGAAAAAGGUCAGCAAGGACUACUCCAGGUCCAGCUCUAUUGAGGAGCAGGAGACAGAGACGACGAGGAAAGUGGAGAUAAGACCUGUUACGCCCGCCGCCGUGACGGUGGUGGCCGUGAGCGCGGAGCCCAACUCCCUGGCCGCCGCGCCCGUGGGGCUCGUCACCGUCACCACCACGCACCCGCCCGCCAUCAACACGGCCGCGCCGCUGGCGCGCGGCGCGGUGACCAUCAGCACGGCGCCGGCGCGCGACGAGGUGGUGGUGGUGCGCGCCGGCUCCUCGUCCGACGACGACGCCUUCGCGCCCUCCAGCCUCGACUCGCUCGACUGCACGCCCUGCUACAGCGAAAAAGGUCGCGGAAGGCGACUAGACAGCAGCGAAGUACUGAUCCUUAGCCCUGGUGCUGGGGAUUCGGGAGUCUUCGACGACAGUCAACAUAAUCAUCUCAAUCUGGACACGUCGCACGUGUCGGUGGUGACGGUGGGCGAGGAGGUGCGCGUGCGCGACUCCGCCAGCGCCGCGCCGCGCCUCAGCCCCGACAGCUUCGAGAGCGGCCGGUCGCAAUCAGACAGCGGUUCGCUAGCAUCGGAGCGGUCGCGGCGCGGGGACGCGGACUCGCUGGCCACCACCGCCACCUCCGCUACCACCGCCACCACAGCCAGCGCUGCCAGCGCCGCCUCACCCACCACUGCGCCCCACGACCAGCACCACCUGCUCAACGGCGCCGCCAGAGUCAAUUCGGAGAAUCAAGCCGAGGAAGAAGUGGUAUUGAGGAGGAAACCUCAAGACGGACAGCCCAACAGAAUACAAAGGUCGAAAGAAGACAUACACAUGGCUAACCUCAAGAAGAAAACGCGAAAACGAACGAGAAAGUUCGAAAUCGACGGCGUCGUCGUCACUACCACCACUUCGAAGGUUAUCUGGGGCGAUGAAGAGAGUGGUCGCACGUGGGACGACCACGCGCUUAGAAAGCAGGAGCUGAGAGAGAUCAAGAUGCUGCAAAAGCAGGAGCAGAAACAGUUUCAGGACCUCAACGCCAAGGAGCUGCAGCUGCGCGAGCAGCAGGACAAGAGGUUCGAGGCGGAGCUGGCGUCGCUGGCGCGCGCGCACGAGGCCGACCUGGACACGCUGGCGCGCGCGCAGCGCGCCGCCGCCGAGCGCGCCGAGCAGCAGCUGGAGCACGAGCUGCGCCAGCACGCCAAGCGCCUGCGCGCCGAGCACGAGCGCGACCUGCGCCACUUCCGCGACACGCUCAAGCAGGAGCUGCGCCUGCUCAAGCAGGAGGUGGAGCUGGUGGCCAAGGAGCGGCGCAAGGACGCCUACCGCCAGCGGCGCGCGCGCCUCGACGCCGAGCACGCGGCGCGCGAGCGCGCCUUCGUGGCGGCGCUGGCGGACGCGGGCGACGCCGUGCUGCGGCGCGUGCACGACAAGCACCGCGAGCGGCAGGCGCUGGCCGACCGCCAGUACCUGCAGCAGCGCCACCAGAUAAUGCGAACGCGUGAAGCGGCUCUGUGGGAGCUAGAGGAAAAGCAGAUCCAUGAGCGACAUCAGCUCGCCAAGCGUCAACUCAAGGAUGAAUUCCUACUGCGAAGACACCAAAUGUUGGUGCGGCAUGAUAAGGAGCUCGAUCAGAUUAAAAGGAAGAACAGCCGCAAGGAGGAGGAGCUGGCGAAGUGCCAGGCGCUGGAGAAGCGCUCGCUGCCCAAGCGCAUCCGCGCCGAGCAGAAGGCGCGCGAGAUGAUGUUCCGCGAGUCGCUGCGCAUCGGCGCCGCGCCCGCCGCGCCCGAGGACGACCGCGACCGCCUCAAGAAGUUCCAAGAGAAUGAGAAACGGCGGUAUAGGGCCGAGCAACAGCGCUUGGCUACCAAGCACGCUAAGGCGCGAGAGGAGCUUAAAGCUGCCGGCGAGGCCAUGCUCCGCGAGCUGGAGCAGUACCAGAACGAGAAGCGCAAGGCGCUCAUGAACCACGAGAGCGCCAAGAUGAAGGCCAUCGAGGAGCGGUACGCGCACGAGCUCAAGGAGUGGCGCGCCACGCUCGCCGACAGGAAGGCGAAACUGAUUCAGACCUUCGUGAAACAUUUGGACGAUCACGAAACCAAAUAUGGAAUAAAGAUUCCGGACAGAAGCGUUUACCUCGACGUUCCGUGGCCGCAGAACGUGCUACAACACGUCCUGUCCACUUAUCACCAAAGGAACUCCUUCAUGGGCUCGCUUUCUAGAUCCAGGACUAGUUUGAACCUAGCGUUUUCUAACAAUAACACGCCAAACGUAGACAGACGAAGAAGUAUAAGUCCUAAUGAGCAGUUCAGGCAAACGAAAUCGGCGGCCUCGAGUGCCACUAACACUACAAAGAGAGGUAAACUGACUAAAGCUCAAAGAUACGGUUCUACGUCCAAUCUCAAAUUGGUAUCGGAAAAAAUAUCCGGCUUUUCUGUGUUCAGCGGUCCGGAUAUAAAACGCGAUCCCAUAAUGGCGUACGAUAACGUCCCGGUCGAAAGAACGGUAAAUAAAAUCGACGAGGAGCCAAAGAAAACGUUUGAGAGGUCCCAACCAGAUCGCGUGCCGAUUAGCGUCAAGAACAACAAGAAAAUGUAUCGGCAAAGCCUCAGCGACAACUUGUUCAAACAGGUCAACGAAACAACAGAGAUGAAACGUAGUAUAUCACAGCAGAGUCUCAAACAAGACAUCGCUAUGGAGGCCGUGAUGAUCGAUAUACCGUCCAUAGAGGGUCAAUAUGAUACAUACAAAAGUGGCACUAGCACCAGUUCUCAGAACAGUGAGGAGGGUUAUUUCAGUCGAUGGGGUCCAGUCAGGGGUUCUAAUAGUUACUCAAACGCCCCUAGCGUACCGGUCAGUCAAUUAUCUACCCUAAACUUGAAAGAUAUAGCCACUGAAAAGGCGAAAGAACCACCUGAUUCCGUCGUCUGA